GGGCGCUAGUACGUCUACGCUAGCGGCGCUCUACAACAUAAGACGUGCAUGAUCUUUGCCCGUGCGGGACGCGACGGAGUAUUUUGUUCGGCCUGGCUAAUUACGGUUGUUCACAUGAUCAUGAUGGUGACAAACGGGCCCGAAUUUGACUUUAUACUUUAAUCUGUAUUUUUCAGCUGGUGUGGCAAGGAGAUCCGCAAGAUUCUUUAAAGAGAAUGGAUGAGGAAAAGUUGCUGCCUGAUGUUCUUGAAUCCCCAGUACCUUUGAAUCCUCAACCACUGAACAGUGCCAAGUACAUAAUGUCAAGCACUAGUAGUACUAUCACAACCACCCAGUCUGUGCCAGCUCAGCAUUCUUCCCGUACAUACAAAGUCUAUAAAAGACGAUGGUACAUGCUGAGUGUGUUAGCAGUACUCAACUUAUCCAAUGCCAUUGGUUGGAUAACCUUUGCACCUGUUGCUGAUCUGACUGCUUCUUACUACAAUACAUCUUAUACCAAUGUGAACUGGCUGUCGAUAGUGUAUAUGGUAGCCAGUAUUCCUGUGGGUUUCCUAUCCACAUGGAUUCUGGAUACCUUUGGCUUGAGAGUUGGGAUGAUGAUGGGUGCCUGGCUGAAUGUAGUUGGUCUAGGUGUCAGAUAUAUCAGCACUAUAGAGCAAGUGCAAGGAGACAUCAAGUUUAUCGUCGUUAUGAUUGGUCAAGGACUUGCAGCAAUGGCUCAACCAUUUAUCCUCUUUGCCCCCACCAAACUAGCUGCCUUGUGGUUCCCAGAGAGCCAAAGAGCCAUUGCCAACACGCUAGGAUCAUCGUCCAACCCCCUUGGCAUAUUGGCAUCCUUCCUUUUGUCCAAGAUCAUCGUGCAAAAAGAGGAUGAUAUCCCAACAAUGUUAUGGAUCUACAUCAUUCCUGGUGGUGUUGCAGCUGCCAUGAUGACAUUUGGGUUUUGUAGUAGUGUUCCCCCAACCCCACCUAGUGCCAGUGCUGCUGAGUCCAGUGAAUCCUUCCUACAAGGUUUGAAAAAAAUACUAAACAACCGUGCCUACUUGCUGCUUCUGUUGGUGUUUGGUUCUGGGCUGGGUUUAUUCAACUGUGUUAGUUCAUUGGUGGAACAGAUCCUGUGUUCAAGGGGCUAUGAUGAUUCCUAUUCCUCGCUGGUUGGUGCACUUAUGAUUGGUGGUGGAAUGCUUGGAGCUAUUGUAACUGGUGUAUAUGUGGAUAAGACUAAGAAGUUUGAAACCACUGCUAAGUUGUGCUUCACUACAGCUGUAUUGGGGCUCAUUGCCUUCUGUACGUUGUCAUGUUUCAGAGAAGUGAGUGUUUCUAUAGCAGUAGCAGGUGGAGUGUUUGGUACUGCUGGGUUUGGUGCCUACCCAGUCAUCAUGGAGCUUGGUGUUGAGACAACAUUUCCUGUAGCUGAAGGGACAAGUACUGGCUUUCUAGUCAUGGCAGGACAAGUUCAAGGCAUCAUUGGAAUUGUGCUAAGCAACCAUUUGGGAAGGAAUCUAUCCCCUGUUCAGCAAGACUUUUCCCAGUGUAAGGGAUCAGUAACAGCUCAAGAUUUAACCAUCCCUCUGCUCAUUUAUGCUGGCUAUGGAGCCUUCAAUGCCUGCAUCUUCUUGCUGUUCUUCAGAACGGAGUACCGAAGGCUGAAAGCAGAGGAGCGCCAUGCUGCAGACAGCAUAUUAAACUUCAGUUCUCAUUCACAUGGAACCCCAGUAUCUAGUCAAGGCAACUUAACCACAUGAUAGAGUACCAUACAGCUCACUCUUAGAUUGUUCAUUCCAAACCUCAGCUUUCCCUGCACCUUGGCUGUCAUUUUUUGGUAGAAUUACUACAAAACAUCUGUCCUAUAACCCAAUUCAUGUUUGUGAAGCAGAAUACUUGCCAUGUCUCCAGAACCAGGAGGCGUGAAACAAAUUCACGGUAGUUGAAGCCGAGGUUCAGAGAGCCAGAAAUGAUGCCUGCUUGUAACCUUAAGGGUCCUGGACUUCCAAUGUUUUCCAUUUCUGUAACUGAGACUGACAAUUCACAUACGCCAAUGUACAGGUUAUGAUUCUGUGCAGAUGGACAUGCACUGUUGGUGCACUUUGAAAGUUUGAUUAAGGUGCUGCCUGUAUAAUGAUUGAGCGUUUUUGUCUUACAUGUUAUAAAAUGCAUUGAGUGUGCUACUGUGCCUAUCAAAUGGACAUUUCAAGAAACUGUAAAAAAAUCCCUAAUUACAAAAUGAAUCCAAAGAAGCAGUAAAACCGGUUAUAUUUGCAUGCUUGUGGAUUAUUUCUGAACUGUAGUGAGCUUAACCAAUCCUACAAGAAAACUAAAUACAUGUAGAUUUGAAAUGUUCCAAUUGUUUUAUCUUUAAAAGACUCCAGUAUUGAACAUGAGGUAUUCCUGUGUUAAGUCUUUUAUAUAAAAUGCGAUCAAAAUGAGAGCUGAAAAAAGCAAAGUUCCAGUGAUAUCCCACAGGUAAAAAGUACUGUGCUGGAUAGGCCUCUGUAUUUAUGUGAUGAACAAUUGAUUUACUAAAGAGAAAUCUUUCAUGUAUCACUCUAGGCAUUUUAUUUUACAUUUUUGAUAAGAGGUUUACCUUGAUGUCAAUCUUUAUUGCAAACAUAUUUUACAAACGGUACAUACUUCUAAAAGCUUUUUGUGACAGUAAAAAGUAGUGCUUUUAAUAUCCUACACAAGUGAUCUAUUGAAGAGUGAUUAAAAUUGUCUUUGGUCGUUGAUCAAAACCCAUGUUACAUGUCCAUUAGAAAACGCUCUCUUUGGGGAAAACCUCUUUCUGCAGAGUGCAUUAUCACUUUGUUGGAAACCAUUUUGUGGAACUUUAUGUACCCUCCCUCUCAGUUGUUGCCUAUGUGAACAUACUUCUGCCCCCCCCCCUUGAUUGGAACAGUCAUUUCCAACCAUAAAUCUGACCAUGGUUCAUCUGAUUUUCUUUUUUAGUAAUUUUAUACAUGUUCUUUUGGACAAAAUGAACAGAAGUAUUUUUGGAUACAAAAGUAUGGGGGCAGCUUGUGUUUAACCCAAGUACAAAUGGGACAAAUAUGAUUCCUGUUCAUCUAAAGUACCAGUAGAUGUACAUCUGAAGAAAGUACAGUAAAUAUGCAAUGUAUAAAUUCAUUAUUUGUUGCUUCUAAACAUAUUUUGUAUAAAAAAAAUCCUGGUUAUCGUUGAUAUUUUGAAACUACUUCAUUUUGUAAUUAAAUUUGUCUUUGAACAAAUUUCUGAUGUUAAUCAAAUGUAAAACUGAAGAUGAAUAUAAAGUUUGUGAAAAUGGAGGACCAAUGUAAACAUUCACCAUUUGGUCUUAUUUAUUCUCUUUAAACCAGUAAGUGCAUGAAAAGUUAAAUUCUCCACUGGCAAUGUGUGACAGAGAAAGAGGCAUGUGAUUCCAGUUAGGACAGGUAUUGUGCAAGUGUACGGGAACGGGGUUCCAGCAUUGCCAAAUAUUAAAAAUCGUCACUCUAUCCCAAGCAACAUAUGACAGCAGAAUGUAUUUUACACAGCACAAAAACGUGCAUUGAGCAAAAACUUUGACUAUUAUUUAAACUUUGCCAGCUACAACUCGGUACAUGUACACUGAACUAUUGUACAGCAAGUAGCACACAGGGAUUCCGUGGGCUAUGUCAAGUUAGGUAAUUUUAUUGCAUGUAUAAAUGUAGGGGCACACUGCCUGUUGUGAAAUAUGCAAGAAAACAACCCUAAAACCCCAGAGCUCAAAUUGUAGUACAUGUAGUUUGA